GGUGUUCCCUUGUUCCCAGAAAUCUACUCAAGAGUUCCCUUGUUCCCUGAAAAUAAACUGAACAUAUCCCCUGUUCCCUGAAAAUAAAUGCUCCAGUUCCCUUGUUCCCUAGAACCCCUGGGAGGGGCUCACUUUUAGUGGUUGUCGUCAUGGCGUAUUUCAAAUACCAUCAAAACCAAACCCAGGAAGAAAAUUAGUAUAGACGGUUUGAGUGAGUUUCAGUGGAAGGAAAUUGAGGCAAAAGUUGAAAUUGGAAGCGGGUCUUUUGGAGUGGCCUAUAAAGCGAAGUUUAACGGGAACACGGUGGUUGUGAAGCGUUUGCGAAGUGAGCGGCCAGCCCAGAUUGCUUUUGCCAAAGAAGGUAGGCUGCUAAACACCUUUCACCAUGAGAAUAUUGUUGAAAUCCAAGGAUGCUGUUUUUUCCCCUGUGCUCUAAUGCUGAGUUAUCAGUGUUUCGACUUCCCUCCUUUCGGAAUUGAGAAGGAAGUAAAUAAUCUACUUUAACUUCUGGAAGUGAUGGAUUCUUUUGAAGAAACUUCAUUAACUGUUUUCUUACCGACAGUGCUAAAAAUAGCCCAAGAUAUUUCACGUGCCCUUACAUAUCUUCACGAUAAAGAUGUUACUCACAGAGACCAUAAACCCGGGAAUGUACUUGUUAGUAACUGGCAUUACAGUGGGGAGGAAAACCGCGAGCAAGCGUUAAAUGUUUUUAAAGUAAGCCCGAUCGUGUGCAAACUAACAGACUUUGGGGAAAACAGAUCUCAACUUAUUCGAACAUCGAUGGCAAUGCAUUCUCGCACAAGCAACCUUGGGUACCCUCCCCUACAUGGCACCUGAAUUAAUAUUAAACAACUUGGAAGGGGCGUCUGUAGAGGACCUCAAGAACAUUGAUGUGUAGGCUCUGGGGAUGACCUUGUUUGUGCUACUCAAUCCCGAUCUGCAAGGCCCUUAAUUAUUAAAACAUGGGGUAAAGGUACUAAUGCCUUACAGAAAAGUGAUCGAGGGCAAAAUGCGGGCACAAGAAAUACCAAGGAUGUCGGAGAAGUAUCAUCGAAAGCAGGCAUCAGAAUGGAACAAAGUGGAAAAGGUAUUCCAUCAGUGCAUAGCGUUUGAUGCUACUGCGAGACCUGCUACCCGGGACAUUCAACGAUUACUUGAAGACCAAAUAACAAACCGAAGGUGCAUGAGCUUGGCAGUCAGUCAGCAAAGCGCUGUGGAGCAGUUUCAUCAAGAUAUGCUAGCGUGCUGUGAUGAAGCAAAUGACCCGCAAAACCACAUUAUAUUCGUGGAGCAUGACGCGACAAACGCUUGCAGUUUUCUUAGUCUAGCGAUCUCUGACUCUUUGUUAAGUUUGACUAACACAAGCGACACGUCUUGGGAUCAGGUAGCUGAAAUAGCCCACAAAGUUAUCAUUGAACUUCCAUCUUUGUUGAACAAUGUCAGAGAUCGUACCCGCUAUUAUGACGUACUCGAGGCCUUACAGAUAAUGAGGACACACAAGCUUAUCCCUCAGGAGGUGGCGCUCUCUGAGAAUAUUGCAUCCGACAGCUGUAUCUUCUCACCUCAAGGUCGCCAUCUUCUACGCAGCGCAUUGCCAUCUGCACCGAACCAGGCAACGUCAGUAUACCCAUAUACCUGUGUGCCUUAUGUCUUUCUAGUUGGAGUUCUAAAUGGUUGUUACUUUGCCUUAGACGUUCAUCCAAUCGGAGAAAAGCUAGGAGGAGAUGGCAAUGGUAUGCUGACGAUUUUUUCAAGCACUGAUUCCGCCAGCUGCGAUUCCCUGUGCCAUUGGAUCUGGACCCGGCUAGCUGAUGGAGCUGUUCAAGACGAUGGAGGCCAGUCAUUAUCUGCGGUGAUUCAGACUUCACCAGCGAAUGAACCUGUACAGGACGUAUACCAAGUUGGUAGAAAUAAGAAGAAAAAGCUUUGUGAUGAUUCUAAGACCCAUGAAAGCCAAAGUUGGGGAUGCUGAAGGAUCCACACCAAUCAUCAAGUCUGCACGUGACUUCAGCUUAGACAGUACCAAUAGAAAGGCUGAUCAUGACAACAACAAAGUAGAGGACGGUAAAGGAUCUAUACCAUGUCACAAUUUUGGAAAACCUGCGCACGAUAUCAACAGUUAUUCUUCCAAGAUUGACGAGAACGAAGUUCAGAAUGCUUCAGGAUCCGCUCUGAGUCAUAGAAAGAGAAAAUCUCGUGACGCCAGCUUAACAGGGACGACCCAGCAACUAGCGAGAACAAAUUUGCGGAUGUGAUGGGCUCAAGAAACAAAGAAACAAGAAACACAGAUGAUGGCAGUUUAGACAGAAGCCGCUUUGAAGAUAUUGAAGAUGUCGUUGAUCUUACUCAUUGCCUGAAUUCUGCAUCAGCGCAACAAAGUAUUUCCUCACCAGAAACCAGCGGGGACAUUGUCGCAAAGAUUCAAGAUGUCGUUGAUCUUACCGGGUCCCAGAGUCCCACAUCAGCAGACCAACAGAUGCCUUCACCAAAGACAAGUAAAUGGAAAUGCUCAAGUGACGAAGAAAGUGACAGUAGUAGCGGGCAUGAAGCAUUUCGUGUCACUGAGUAUUAUAAAGCCAACCCUAAACUUCCUGUAUAUACAAAGAAAACAGAGGUUCGUGGACCACUGAGAGUUGUAAAACUUCUUAGAUCAGUUGGAACGUCGCUUCCCAUAAGCGUCGCCUGUAUCCAAUAACGUAUCCAUGUCGACACCGAAGCAUUGAAAUCCAUCGAGGAUCUCAAGUGUGAUGAUCGUGGUUGCUGGCUUAAUAACAGUAACAAGAAAUUCCGUUUUGUUGUUGACAAGGGUGGAAAUGUCUCCAAAGACGUUAGUGAAGAAAUAAAUGGCCCAGCUGUUGUUCUUACGCUUAAGAGAGAGUACUUCUGCUUGAAAGACGGGAUUCUAAAUGACUUUAGGAAGAGGAUUAAUGUCAUUUAUGGGCCUAAUGGUAUGAUGCAUCGAUAUUGUUUGGUUCAGUAUUCCUUUAAAGGAGGCGCCGAACACUCAAUUGAGCUCAGACCACAUGGAAAUUGCAAGUCACGGUCGACAGGAUACAUAAGGACUACUUGGACCAGUACCAAGACUUUCCUGAAGUCGGCUUCUGAAGAAUCUAAGCCAGGGGAAGUGGUCUACAAAACAGUCACAGAAGAACUUGGGGAUCUGCCCGGCUGUUCUGGCAUAGGACAACUCCCCAGAGGUAGACAGCAAGUAAAGGCCAGAGACAAAACGAGUGUUCGCGUGAAGAAUAUUUCUGGGGCAGGAAAACAAGAUGGUACGUGGUUUCGUCUUCUCGGCGAUUGUAAAAAACAAGCAAGCGACCGGAAAUCAGCAUCCAUAAGAGACGUAAGAGUCGCUCCAGAACCAAUGUGUGUCCUUACAACCGACAGACAACUGAAUGAUAUGGUAAGAUUUUGCUGUAAUCCAGUCGAGUUCAAACCCUUCACCGAGGACCCAACAUUCGACAUAGGUGACUAUAUUGUGACGCCAAUCACGUACCUGCACUUAUUGUUAGAAAACAGAAAAGAUGGCAAGCACCCUUCAAUGAUAGGCCCUGUCCUCAUUCACGAAAAGAAAACGACAGAGACAUAUUCCGUUUUUAGCGGAACCCUGAAAUCACUAAACCCAGGCUUAGGCAAAGUCUUAGCGUUUGGUACUGAUGGCGAGAAGGCUCUUGUCACUGCAUAUGUGGAAGACAGAGAGGAACUGUCUUUGAAGCUGGGCUUGGAGAUGCUUCGAGCAGAGACAUGUUUGUCAAACAGCUCGGCCAGCUGGAGGAACCAUGGUCAGCACUACACCAAAAUGGGCGCAAUUUCUUCAAAUGGUUUCAUAAUCACAAGAGCGCUGAUUUCGUGAACUCUGUUAUUA